CAACUGGGGCGAUGGAGUCCUCCGCUAAUUAGCUAGCUAUCUUCUUCCUUGAAGCCAAUACCAUCUUUUAAACUAUAAAUCUUCCACCAUGCCCGGAGCCGCCAUCUUCGCAGUUUUCAUUUUCUCCCUCCUCGCUGCCGGACAAUCCCAGGAGUACUUCUCCAGAAGCCUAACUCAGAAGAAGCUCGGCCUGAAGAAGGAGAAGCUCAGCCACCUCCACUUCUACUUCCACGACAUAGUCAGCGGCCGAACCCCCACCGCCGUCCGCGUUGCUGAGGCCGCCGUCACCAAUUCCUCGCCCACGGGGUUCGGCGCGGUCGUGAUGAUGGACGACCCCUUGACCGUCAAGCCCCAGCUCAGCUCCAAACAGGUCGGGAGGGCGCAGGGGAUCUACGCUUCGGCGGCCAUGGAGGAGCUGGGGUUUCUGAUGGUUCUGAACUUUGCGUUUACGGAAGGGAAGUACAAUGGGAGCAACCUGAGCGUUCUGGGGCGGAACACGGUGUUCUCCGCUGUGAGGGAGAUGCCGGUGGUCGGCGGGAGCGGGGUUUUCCGGUUCGCGCGUGGGUACGCGGAGGCGAGGACCCAUUGGCUCAACUUCACGAGCGGCGAUGCUGUAGUGGAAUACAACGUCUACGUCUUCCAUUAUUGAUGAUCUGUCUCUUUUCUUUUGUGCGCGUUUCGAAAACUUUAAAAUCCUACUGUUGAAUAGGCUUUAACAAGUGCCUGCCUGCCAGUCGUUGGUUUAACUGCUGCUUCAUUUAAUGUUUGGGCCCUAUUUGUUUUUGUUUUUUAAUAAGAAUUUUGUCCCCUUUCUGAAUAA